GGCUCAUUCGGCUGUUAUCUCCUAGACUAGAGAGUGCUUCACUCUCUUCCCUUUCCACUAGUAGUGUAUUGUUUUGAUGUUAUUUUAUUAUGUAUGCUGUUAUAAAGCCAUUUUAACUUGUGCUUUUAUAUGGAGAUAUUAAGGAUGGUGAUCUGUUGCUGAUCUAUUUAUAUAUUUGGUUGCUGUUUGUUGAGCAUUCGGUCUGAUUUGUUUGUGCAAAGUUUCUGACAACAUCAGCUGUUUGAGCGUUCAUUUUUUGAUUUGUUUGUGGGUAGGCUAUACAAUUGUUAACCCACACUUUACAGUGCAUUUUCCAGUCAUAACUUUCCUUACAGUCCCUUUUGUGAGGAAGCAGAUAAUUGCACAACCUGAACUUGUAUGUGAUUGAAUCCUACACUUGAAAAACUGACAGUCUGGAAGCACCCAUAGGGUGUUUUUCUCGUGUUUUGUGAAUUGCUUUGUGUGUGAUGUUUACAGAAAAGUGGUAGUCAACAUUUUUGUUUUAUACAGCACUGUGCACAUGGUGCUUUGCAGAGUAACAAACAAGGAGAUGAAGUCUCUGUCCUGAGGAGCUUGAAGUCUAAAAUUAAAUACAGAGGAAAGCUGCAGAGGGAAAAGGGGAAGAGACAAGUGUUCCAGUUGAAGAAUGUGUGUUGCAAGAAAUGAGCAUAGUUUAGCUAGGUGAGUUUUGAUGAGCAAUUUGAAGAAGAAGCAUAGGGUGGUAUUGUGGCCUACUUUACAGAGGUCUUCUAUUUCAAGGUGUCCUCUGUUUAAAGGGCUAUCUGGUCCAAGUCUAGUUUUAAGAAAAAGACUCCUAAGAAGAGAAAGCAGCAGGGGCCUUGAAGUUGCCCAGCUACAGAACACCAGAACAGCAGACUAGGCAUGGGUGACCUGCUUCGUCUUGACCUGCUUCGUCUUGUUCCCAAAUACGGUGUUUCCAGCCGAGCUGCCGGACGCGAUUCGCGGGAUGGAACCCCAAGGCACAGGCAGGCUGAAUUCCAGGAAAAGGAGGAAGGAAGGGCUGGGCCCCAAUGGGGCCACCGAGGCAGAUGGCAUCCCCUCUAAAAUGCCACGGAACUGCUUGGGCCUCAGGGAACCAGCUCCAUUUUCUGAUGAGCUUGAAGUGGACUACAGCAAGCCAUACAUCCGAGUCACAUUUGACGAAGCUUUGAGGGGGACUCCAUUGGACAGACCAGUCAGGGUUUACGCUGAUGGAAUAUUUGACCUCUUCCACUCUGGACAUGCCCGGGCCUUGAUGCAGGCAAAAAGCCUCUUCCCAAACACGUAUCUGAUUGUUGGAGUCUGCAGCGACGAAUUGACGCACAACUUCAAGGGUUUCACGGUGAUGAAUGAAGCCGAGCGCUACGAUGCUGUGCAGCACUGCCGCUACGUGGAUGAGGUGGUGAGGAAUGCCCCGUGGACCCUCACGCCAGAGUUUUUGGCUGAGCACAGGAUCGACUUUGUUGCCCACGACGACAUCCCGUAUUCCUCUGCCGGCAGCGACGAUGUCUAUCAACACAUAAAAGAUGCAGGAAUGUUUGCGCCGACCCAGAGGACCGAAGGGAUUUCCACGUCGGACAUCAUCACCCGCAUUGUCCGGGACUAUGACGUCUAUGCACGGCGGAACCUGCAAAGGGGCUACACUGCUAAAGAGCUCAAUGUCAGCUUCAUCAACGAGAAGAAAUACCAUUUGCAGGAGCGCGUGGACAAGGUGAAGAAGAGGGUGAAGGACGUGGAAGAGAAGUCCAAGGAGUUUGUGCAGAAAGUGGAGGAAAAGAGCAUUGACCUCAUUCAGAAAUGGGAAGAGAAAUCCCGCGAGUUCAUUGGCAACUUCUUGGAGAUGUUUGGCCCCGAAGGAGCUCUGAAGCACAUGCUGAAAGAGGGGAAGGGGCGUAUGCUGCAGGCCAUCAGCCCCAAGCAGAGCCCGAGCAGCAGCCCCACACACGACCGCUCCCCCUCCCCUUCCUUCCGCUGGCCCUUCACCGCCAGGACGCCUCCCUCGUCCCCGGCCAACCUCUCCAGGAACAAGUCAGCAGUCACCUAUGACAUCAGUGAGGACGAGGAGGACUAGCGGCCUGCCCCGGGCACAGGCAGGAAUCUUGCAGGCACUUCAUUGACGAGUCGCACCUCCAGGCACAAAGAGGACCUCCGGGGAGCGAGCACCAAGAGGGCUGGAAUCUGUCUCAGUAGCCGCUCCGCUGGCACCUUCCUCCCCAGCUGAGGACGAUUGCCUUGGGGAGUGCGGCACGUUGUUACUUUCUCCAACAAGCCCCUUCCCACUUCCACUUUUAUUGGUUUUUUGCUGUCGGUUUCUUGGGGAAGGAGGGGGAGAAAAGGUGGCUCUUAUUUUAAAGCAAGUGUCUUCUUUUAAACUUAGCACCCUAGUUGGUGGGGAAUUGUGGGGCCGGCAGAGCGGAGAGACUGACCUCUGGACAAGCAUCUUUGGCUGCCUGUCCCUUUGACCCACCUGGCACCCUUGCAGGCUGUUUCCAGUUCAAGGCUGUUGAGCCUCUCUGAAGUUGAGGCAAUAGAGGAAGCAGUUAUGGCAAGCAAGCUAUAAAGAGGGAGGAAGGGAGGGAGAACUGUGGAGUUACAAAAUGCUGUUUGGGAUGCCAGCACGGGUGGUCACCUUACAAGCCCUCCAAUCCCCCAAGUUGCCAGUCCUCGAGGAAAAAAAGGAAGAGAUGUGUAAAAUCAGCAUGUUUGCAGAUUCCCACUGUAACCCCAAAGAUACUGUUGGGUUUUCUCCUUGCCUGCCUUUUCCUGGUUUUGCCGCACACAUACAAAAAAAAGAAACCUUCAGUUCACUUUACAAACUCAUCCCACGUGGGCAAAGUUUGCUUAAAGCUUCUGCUUUAGGGCAUAGCGAGCCUCGGGUGAAAGGCAAGUUGCUUGCUGCUGCAUUGGAUGGGAGUUUCUGGCUAGUGCUGUGGGUCUCUUGGGUGACAGACGCAUUGCAUUGCAAAGCCAGAAUGGUGCUGAAUUGGUUGUGCUUGUUCUGUAGUGUCCAGAGAACUGACCCUAAUUCUCUCAGCCCCCUAAGUCUGGGACUUGCAAAAGCACAGAAUCUUGAAAAUUUGUUAAAAUUUUACCCCUUUUGCUCAUUGCGCUUUUAGCAAAGGUUUGUGGCCCCUUUCCUGGUUGCCAGGUGUUUGGUCUUUGUUGCCAUGACCCUGGCCGGGGUGUAUUCGUCCCCUUUCAAAACAUUCCUGCCCCACAAACGCGGCCCUCUCCAGAGGGCAUCACCUAUCUCCGCCCAUCUCUUUGUGUGUCUGUCUGCCUAUAACAGUGCUGAGUGGCCAGGGCUUUGUCGCUUGCCCUUGUGACAAAGGGGGAAGCUGCCCCAUUGUGAGUGUGUGCCGUGCUCUCAGGAAGACCAGCAGCAGGACAAAUCCUGACCAGAGAGUGCAAUGUAUUCAUUGUCCCACCUCCAAAUCUGCUGGGUGUUCAGUGCAAGUCCUGGCAACUUUUAGCUGCACCCUGAAUUAAUCUCUGCUCUUUCAUCCUGGUGACUUGUCAGCUCUCGGGGACUCUCUUUCCGUUGGCUUUUGAUGUUGACUGUGUAAUAAAUGUUCAGAUUUAACUGUCA